AUGAAGAUAGCGCUCUUAUCCUCUGCAAUUCUCUUCCUCACCACUUCCUUGAUUCCCUCUCUGAAAAACCCUACCACCGCGCCAUUCACAUUCUCUAAUGUAGUUCUCCAUGAACACCAUGCAAGACACUGCUCUCCACCUCCUCUCCAAUGGCGGAUUCCUCCACCACUCUUCUCCUUCCUCUCUUUUCCCCUCUCUUUCCCGCUCUCGAACCCUCCAAUUCCCCACCAUCAAUGCCAAAAUCGCCUUCAUUUUGCCCUCUAAACUUCCCUCUCGCGCCCCCGACAUUCCCCCUCUCUCGCCGCCGCUCCCUCCGCCGCCGUCCCACAGCGGCUCUCGCUCCGAGUUUCAGGAGAAAAUGCUCUUCCUCGACUCCAUCGGUAUCGAUUUCCUUUCUGUCAUUAAAGACCAUCCUCCCGUCGCUACUGCCUCUCUUGCCGACAUCAGAUCCGCAGUCGAUUUCAUGACCUCGAUGAAUUUCACCGCCGUUGAGUUCCGCCGAAUCGUUGGUAUGUGCCCUGAGAUUCUCACCUCUCGCGUUUCAGACAUCGUUCCGGUGUUUACGUUCCUCCUUCGUGAGGCUAGAGUCGACGGUUCUGACAUCAAACGCGUUAUCAAUCGACGCCCUAGGUUGCUUGCGUGUAGCGUGAAAAAUCGGCUUCGUCCGACUAUGUACUUCCUGCAAAGCAUCGGUAUAUCUGAGGUACAUAAACACACUUCUUUACUUUCCUGUAGCGUGGAAGAGAAAUUGAUUCCGAGAAUCGAGUUCUUCGAGAACCUAGGGUUUUCUCGCCGGGACGCUGUGAUAAUGUUCCGGCGAUUCCCGCAGCUGUUCUGCUGCAGCAUCAAGGAGAAUUUGGAGCCGAAACUGAAUUACUUCGUGGUGGAAAUGGGAAGAGAAUUGAAGGAAUUGAAGGAGUUCCCUCAUUACUUCUCGUUCAGCUUAGAGAAUAGGAUUAAGCCGAGACAUCAAAUCUGUGUGGAGAAGGGCGUUUGUUUUCCAUUGCCAGUGUUGCUGAAAACCAGUGAGAUGAAAUUCCGGGAAAAAUUGGAGCCCUGGGAGUGACUGAACUGAAUCUGAAGCCCUUUUGAAUUUGUAUAAAACAGAGGUGAGAUAUGAGAAUCAUGCAAGAUUAUUUGUUUUUAAACACUUGAUACUUUCACAUGCCAUUUAUGGUUUUUUUUUC